UUGAAACGGGGGCCCAAAAUUUACCCCUGAUUCACCGUUUCUUGGUCUUGGUCAUGGAAUCCAGAAGGCUGCAGCCGCACCACUCUGCCUGGGUCUGUUGACGGUGUAAGCCAUGCUCCGUCUUGGUCGACGAUCACUCGCCGCUGUCCGAUAUUUCUCGGCCACAGCGGUUGCGGAGGCUUCGAAAGUUCCAGUUCCAUCCCCUGCUCCUGGUGCCAUCACCAUCGCCCCUAGGAAAAACACCGGUGCCGGAAAGGACACCUUAGGUCGAAGGCUUCUUAGCCUGGUUUACACGAAACGCUGCGCCGUUAUCACCAUAAAGAAAUGGAAGGAGGAAGGGCACGUAGUUCGUAAGUACGAGCUUAAUCGCAUAGUACGAGAGCUCCGGAAGCUAAAGCGUUACAAACACGCCCUCGAGGUUUGUGAAUGGAUGACUUUACAACAAGAUAUCAAGUUAGUAGAAGGAGAUUACGCUGUUCACUUGGACUUAAUUGCAAAAAUUCGUGGUGUAAACAGCGCAGAGAAGUUUUUUGAAGAUCUUCCAGAUCAAAUGAAAGGGCAGCCAACCUGUACAUCUCUUCUCCAUACUUACGUCCAGCAUAAAGAUUCUUCCAAAGCCGAAGCUUUAAUGGCAAAAAUGUCAGAAUGUGGUUUCUUGAAAUACCCUCUUCCUUUUAACCAUAUGAUGUCACUCUACAUCUCCAAUGGCCAAUUACAGAAGCUUCCUGGAAUUCUUCAGGAGCUGAAAAAGAAUACCUCACCAGAUAUAGUAACUUACAAUCUAUGGUUAACAGCAUGUAACUCCCAGAAUGACAUCAUUACUGCUGAAAAGAUUAUUCUUGAGCUCAAGAAGAGAAAGGUGGAUCCAGAUUGGGUAACAUUUAGUCUUUUAACCAGUUUGUAUCUUAAAAAUUCACGACAUGAAGACGCCUCUUUGAGUGUUAAGGAAAUGGAGAAAAGGGUUUCUAAAAAGGUCCGUGUUGCUUAUUCUUCAAUUAUCAGUCUUUAUACAAGUCUUGGGAAAAAAGAAGAUGUUGAUCGCAUAUGGAGGAAGAUGAAAUCAACCUUUCGCAAGCUAAAUGAUGCAGAAUAUAAUUGCAUGAUAUCUUCUAUGAUAAAACUUAAUGAGCUUAAAGAAGCAGAGAAUAUAUAUACAGAAUGGGAGUCUGUAUCUAUAACUGGCGAUUCUAGGGUUCCAAAUUUGAUCCUUGCAGCUUACAUCAACAAAAAUGAAAUGAAAAUGGCUGAAAACUUUUUUGAAAAAAGGAUGGUUGAAAAAGGAAUUGUACCUAGUUACACAUCAUGGGAGCUUCUUACAUAUGGUUAUGUACAUGAAAAGGAAAUGGAUAAAGUUUUGGAAUGUUUCAAGAAAGCUAUAGGGUCAGUGAAAAAGUGGGACCCGGAUGAAAAGAUUGUUAGAAAAGUGUAUGGAAUGCUUGAAGAAUAUGGUAAUGUUGAGGGUGCUGAACAAGUGUUGGUGACUCUUCGUGAUGCUGGCUAUGUGAGCACAGAGAUAUAUAAUUUGGUUCUUAAGACGUAUGUGAAAGCUGGAAAAAUGCCAUUAAUUGUAGGCGAGAGGAUGAAGAAAGAUAAAGUGGAAUUGAAUGAUGAAACAUAUCAACUUAUAAAGGUGACAAGUAAAAUGUGUGUAAGUGAAGUUUCAACGCAUCUUUAGUAGAAAAAAAGGUCUUGCAAAUUGGCCUUUUUUUUUCCAGUCAAGUUACUAAUUUGUAUUGCUUAGAUUAUUUUCAUGUAGUUGCUUUAAUCCUUUGAAAGAAAGGAUAUGUUUGUGCUCCAAAUGUGUAUGCAUUGAGUUACUGAGGGACUACUUUUUGGAAUUUAUAUGGUGUUUAUUAUGUGAGAGUUUUCUGUAUUGACAGCA